AUGAUAUCACGUAGGGAUAAGCUGCUAAUCCAUCCUUGGGAACAGAGACGUUUUGAACAGCAUCGAGAAAAAGUGAAAUCGGCCAAAGCGGCCAUAGAUCGUUCACCACCCAUUUUUUAUCCGCAUGUUGUACAAAAGGCCAAGAAACAGCAAUCAGAACGGGAACGCACUCUACAUGUGGAGGCAGAGAAUGUGCGUCUGCUGCAAAGUCUGGCUGACAUUAUGAGAAGCAAACGCAUGCCGGACUUCUGGCGUGAACCCAGGCCCAAUUUUUUGGGUCGUGAAAAACUAUUUGAAACCCGUGCCAAAAGUGCUUACCACAAUUGGUGGUCCCCCAUGGAGAGUGCUGCACCGGAAUGUCCAGCCAAUGAUUUGAUUAAACGCAAUCCCAGAUGUCCCACCUGUAACGGUCGUCCGGAAAAGAAGAUAACAAUAAUACCAGAAGCUCGUAUCCCAUGGCAACCACCGCGUAUGACUUUUAAUAAAAGGCUUUUGGCCAGCUGCUAUUUACCCAACAAAACGAGUUUACCACAAAAAAUCAAAUCUAAAGAAUAG